CCGCCAUUACAGGCAACAACAACAAAACAACAACAAAUAAUCAGGAAAAACUGUUUUUUCGCCGUUUUUCCUCUUCUCCCUCUUCCUCCUCCUCUUCUUCUUCUGUUGUUGUUGUUGUUGUUAUUGUGGUGUUUAUUUGGUGACCAACCCAUAUUGGAGAUUAAUUAAUGAAUGAAUGGAUUAAGGAUUUGAUUAAUUCAUCGCCGAGCAAACUCCUUUCAUCACUCAACACAAAACAACUCAUGAAAUUACAAAUUUAACCAGUUUUCCCCUUCUCGUCUAAAUGUGUCGCCUGAGUUGAAGGAACUCUAAAGAUGUCUGAAACACGUCCUGGCUCUGAGAGUGGAGGUGUAGCAGUGAGCGGAGCUACUACAAAUGUCCGAACCUCCAUACCACAAGUUCAAGUAAUCCACCAGCCUGUUCACAGUCCGCCUUACAUGCCAAGUUUCCCUUACAACCAACAGCAACUGAUGCUACAAAAUGCUGCCGUACAAGGUGUUUAUCUCGCAGCGGCGAUGCAAGCCGGAGCAAUGAAUCAACAACUCAACAUAGCUGCAAUGCAAGGCAGACCACCCUCUGCUAGCCCGAAGAGUCCUAGUGUUCUUUCUCCUAGCCCCACAGCUGGAGUAACCUGUGUGGCCUCUGUUCAGUCUUCUGCAUCAUCAACCGUAUCAUCUAGCUGUGCAAAUGGAAAAGCAGGCAACAAUGGAAGUAAAGGGCUUGUCUCACAGGCUGGAAGUAGCCAGGGCCAAGCUACUCCUCACAUUGGUGGUAAACCUGUUUUCUCCACUCAAGCAGUUCCAUCCUUAUUGGUUGGACAGAUAGGUGUUUUACCUGGCCAAGGACCUUCUGGCAAUCCAGCUUUUGUCUCACAGUCCAAAAAUCAGUCAGCUUGUCACACUGUUGUUUCACAGCCUCAGCUGAUCAAUUCCCAAUCACCUCUUCGCAUGAACAGUCAGUCUCAACUUGUAACCAGUGGUGGCCAAAUUUUUGCAUCUCAACCAAUGCUUACAAAUCCAGCAAUGCUGCAAGCUAUGGCCAGCUUACAGCAGGGUAUCCCUCUUGCAGCCCACCAACCCUUACUUGCAACUCAAUCGCCAACUAUUUUGGCUGGUCAGCCUCUCUAUAUUCGUACUGCUACACCACUUCAACAGCAACCGUCUAUGGUUGCUGCAGCCACUGCAAUCCCAACUGGGAUGCAGCCUGUUAACUCAUCGAAAACUGCCAAACUCAUUGACAUGACAACUGGUCUGCAAGCUAAAACUGUUGGUGUCCCCACAAAAACAACAAAUCAAGGCAAUAAAGGACUUUCAACAAUUUUACCUUCAACAUCAAAAGGGUCAAACACUGCAAAAAUACACCCAACAAAUAUAUCUAUGCAACCAAAUUCUGGUCCGAAACUCAAUAUUCCGACCAUCACACCAAAGCAAACUACAAAAGUGCGUACAAAAAAAAGCAACCCUUUGUCAACAGGGUCCCAAACAAAGCCCAGCAUGCCUACUAGUCUCUCCAAACCAACUACCCCCACCAGCCAGACAAAUGGUGCCACUAGUCUGCCAAAGAGUCAAUCAGACUCUGAAGUUGAAACAGGGCGCAAGACAAUAGCCAUGAUGGAAAGCACUUCAGAGAAGAAAACCCUCACAGAAUCCACUUCAAAGCAGUCAACAUCUGAGCAAAAGCAAGAGAAAAGAGCCCAGGUCGAUGCUCCACAGCCUCCAACAACCACCCAAGAAACCAGGCAGGUUGAAUCAAUGGAUGUUUCUUCUGGGAAAUCACAACAUCCUGCACCAAAUAUGCUGGACAAUUCUGUUGUAGUUGAGAAACAGAAGGCUAUUGUCAAACCUCAUAUAUUAACUCAUGUUAUUGAAGGCUUUAUUAUCCACGAAGGUCCAGAACCAUUUCCGGUUCAAAGGUCAUCGUUGCUGACGGAAUACAUUCCUUCAAAGUCCAGCAGCAAUGCCAGCACCACUAAUGUAGAGAAAGAGUCUGAACAAGAAGAAACCAAUGGCUCAAGCCAUGAUCCUGAUGUCCCCAUGGCGGAUGACACUGAAACAAGAGAUGGAGAGGCUGAAGGUCUGCUGGGGCCCCCAAAUGUGGACAAAAGAAUGAGCUCAGGUUCAGGACCAAAAUAUGUUAAACGAAGGAAACCUACCCUUAAGGUCCGAAAGACUUGGCGUCCCAGCCGUGUUGGCAGGAUGUCUUAUAAUAUUCCAUCGAGGCCCUUCCAAAGAAUAAGAAACACUAUGUCAAACAAUACAAGGCGAGAUGGUGUUAGAGAUAGGCUUCCAGCUGAAGAGCAUAGCAGUUCUCACAGCAGUCACGAAAGCAGCAGCUCCCCCACAUCACCAGCACAACCGACAGAUUAUGAUGUUGGAAUGGAUUCAUCCACCUCACAUCCAGCGAAAUGGACUGUUCAGAAAGUGUUUGAUUUUAUUAAGUCAAUGCCAGGCUGUACAGCGUAUGCAGAAGAGUUUCGCUCUCAAGAAAUUGAUGGCCAGGCUUUGCUUCUUCUCAAAGAAGAUCAUUUGAUGACAGCCAUGAACAUGAAACUGGGGCCAGCAUUGAAAAUCUGUGCCAGGAUUAAUUCUUUGAAAGACAACUUCUAAAACAAAAAAAAAGCAAUAAUAAAAAUAAAAAAGUUCUUUUAAUCCCAUCCCCUCAAAAAAAAAAAAGAAGACUUCUCAAAAGUUUAUGUAACUUUUAAAUUUUAACAGAAAACUUUUUUUACCAAUUUUUUUAAUUCAACAAACUGUGUCACUCAUCCGAAAUAAUCCCAUCAUUUGCUAAACCAACUGCACUGCAUUUUCAUAAACCAUACUUAAAUGCAUUUUACCCUUUAAAUUGUUGCUGCUCUCCACCACCAUUUGCAGUAAACAAUAGUGCAAUUAAGAGAAUUCUUGUUCUAUACACAUACAUAAUGUGUAUGUAAUGUGAGUGUGCAUGUGUGUGUGUGUGUAAUAUGUGUGUGUGUUGAACAUAGUAAUAACGAUAAUCUUAGUUUGUUCAAAGUAAAUAACAUUGUUCUCCUUAUUGUAACUGCCAGCAUCCAUUCGUAAUCAUCAGUUUAAUGGGUUUUUUUUAAUUGAAAAAAGAAGAAAAAGCAUAGAAGAUACAUUUCGGGUUGAAAUUAAUCAAAAAGUGUGACUCUUGUGCAAGUGUGAAUAUGACUUUCAUUCUAUAAAUAUCAGCAUUUUUCAAGAAAUUCACUGAUCUUCAGUGUGAUGUGAUGCCCAGGUUUCAUCUUUUCUCUGUUGAGUUCUUCAUUAUACAUUUCAGUAACUUCUCCUCCUCCCCCUCUCUCUCCUCUCUUUUUUGUAUUUGAUGUCUUUAUUAUUAUUAUUAUUAUUUCUCUCUGUGAUGGAAUUUAUGACUAGUUCUUGGUUUAAUUCAGAACUAUUAAGACAUGGCAAAUAUCAUUUUUUUAAUCACCCCCCCCCCCCCCUAUAAUAAUUGCACCAAUUUAUCUCAUUUUCUAAAAUAUUCUUUUGGUUUGUUUUAUUUAUUUAUUUUUUUGUUUGAUUUGAAAAGAAGCUAAACAUUCUUUGCUGUUUGUAUAAGUUCCCUCCCUAAAAAAGGAAAAAAAAAUGUAAAUUUAUUUUUUAAUGUGCUGAGCCUUGUU